AUGCAUAGAAGUCUUAAACAACAUGAAGCUAGUAGAGAUCAUAUGGACUGCAUGAUUGCUUGGGUUGAAUCAGAAAAGAGGCUGAAAAAAAAUCAAACAAUUGAUUACAGUAUGCAACUUCAAAUCAACAAAGAAAGACAACAUUGGAGGCAAGUGUUAACAAGAAUAAUCUCCAUUGUGAAAGCACUUGCUAAAAAUACUUUGGCCUUUCGAGGGGAUGAUGAGAAACUUUAUGUCGAGAAUAAUGGGCUAUUUUUGCAAAUGAUAGAAAUGGUUGCUGAGUUUGAUCCAGUGAUGGAAGAGCAUGUUCGACGUUGUGAAGCAAGGGAAUCUCAAUAUACAUAUUUUAGUCCCAAAAUUCAGAAUGAAUUGAUAGAAACUUUGGCAAAUGAAGUGAAAAGGUCAAUCAUUGCAAAAGUUAAACAUGCAAAAUAUUUUUCAGUAAUACUUGAUUGUACUCCAGUUGCGAGUCAUUAA